AUGGGUGGCGGCGCCGAAAAUCGCUCUGACGGCAGUUGCCAGGCUUCUUCGGGGAUGAUGGGUAGCGAUAGCGGCAACGGCGGCAGUAGCCGUGGCAGCGAUGAUGACAUUAGCUGUACUGGAGGACAAGGACGGGGCUCCUCGCAGCAUGUCCUGCUCCCUGACGACGGUUUUCACGGGCACACCACGUCGACGCACACCAAUCCGCGAUCUCGAGAACCUUCUUUGACAGUCACAGGACGCAGCUUGUCGCCUCCAGACACUCCGUUGAAGAGAGGGAGUGCUGCGGCAGCCUCAGGCGUGAAGUUGCUCUCACGUCCCACCGCAGUCCGCUUCGCCGCCACGGACAAUACUCCCUCCCUCUCCGCAGAGUCAAGAACACCGGUUGCAGCGGCAGCGCAUGACGUUCGCGACACGGUCGAGUACCGCGCGGCGUGGGACCUAGAGCUGUGGAAAGCCGUGCAAGCAGACCGCUUCCGCAAAGAGCUUGAGAAGCAGAGGAGCGCUGCAUUCGCCGAUCUCGAGCGACUCGUGAAGCGACGGGAGAGGGAGGCGCGGGUGGCGCUGCAGCAGCGCACCACGGCAGUGGCGCUUCGCGAGGAGGCGGUGCAGGCAGAGGAGACGCGCCUGACAGAGCGGCAGCAGCAUGUGUCCGACAUGGAAAAGGAAGUGCGGCGCAUGCGGCAGCAGCUACUCGACGCACAGCAGCGUGUCGAGGAUGAGGUGCGGGCGCAGGUGCGGCUGGCCAACGACACCAUUGCUCACCGCGCACGACUACUGGAGGAACGGGUGAAGGCAGCAGAGGCGCAGGCGCGGCGUGCAGACGAGAGACAGCGGCUGGCGCAGCAGGAGUACUUGUCCCUCUAUGAGGCCUUCAGUCGAUACCGUACGCAGCAGCUGACAUCCUCUGGCUCCACUAGCGGCGGCGCCACUGCAACUGCAAUGGGUGGGACUGCAUCCUCAUCUUUUUCGGUGGAGCAGCUGCGCGCUCAGUGGGAGACUGAGCACCAGCUGCAGCUAGAGAGGCAAGCGCAGCGGCAUGCGUCAGACAUGGCUGCAGCUCAGCAGCGGUGCCGUGAGCUAGAGGAGCAGAACAGAAGACUGACGGGUGCACUGGCACGCCGACGGGAGCAACUGCGCCGUCACACAGAGAACGCCUCACCGCCGCCUCUACCGACAUCAGUUUCGCAGCGGCCGCCGUCCCACGCUGGCCGCGAGGAUCUCGAGGGGCCGUCAGCCACUGGCACCGCAGCUUUAUCAUCCUCCACCCCGUCCUCGAAUGUUGGAGCUGCGACUAAUGCGCUGCUUCGACCAGCGCAGAACACGGAAAUCCUUCGCGACUUUGUGGAGCGCACCAGUCGCGAGCUUCAUCGUCUGGAGACAGAGCGGUUGUCACUGGUGGAGGGGAGCAGCGGCGCGUUGCGUGAGACGGAUACGGUGAUUGUGCGAAUUGACACCCGCAUUCGCGAGUUGCGAGAGCAUCUUUCUGUUGUCGUGGGUCGGCCUGAGGCUGGGUGGCGUGACCGGGUAGACAGCACGAAGAGAUGGGAGCGGGCGAGGGUGGAGACUGCCCCGCUGUGA